CAGCAGCAGCAGCAGCAGCAGCAGCAGGGGCUGGAGCGCGAGACCAGGGUUCGAUUCAGCGCGGUGAGCGCCGUCCUGAGCAGCGACGGGAGCCGGUCACACGAGCCGCUGCUGCCCCCCGGCAGCGACGGCAACGGCAGCCUCCAGGGGCCGUGCAACGGCGCAGUGGCGCUCUCUGGCGGUGGGGCCGCCGGCGUUGACGUCUGCGACGCUGCCUCUAUGGCUGGGGGCCAGCCUAAUGGUGGUGUGCCGGCUGAGGGUGAGAAGUCGAGGCAGGCGGCGCCGGCGCAGGUUCACAAUCAGCAGCAGCAGCAGCAGCAGCAGCAGCAGCAGCAGCAGCAGCAGCAGCAGCAGCAGCAGCGCAGGAAGCUGUCUGCUGCCAGGGACGAGCUGGAGCUGCUGCGGCGGAAAAGGCCGCGGCGGUAG